ACUUGUUCUUCUGAUCUUUAGACAGGCUAAUCAUCAAAACGUCGUUGUCAUCUAGGAAAUAACACACUUUGUUAUACAUCAUCAUCCUCAUCUACUUAAUAUUAUCAACAAAAUACAAUAAUGGCUGAAGACGGAAGAAUUCAAACAGUUUGGGUUAUGAUUUUAUUGUUCACUUCUUGUUGUUUCUUUACAUUUGUUGCUAUCCUUUUCGGCAUUAUUGCUUCUGCAAUUACCGACCCUAACGAAAUGUCUAAUGCCAUGUCUUGUACAGUGCUGAAACCACAAGUGAAUUGUAAAACAUGUGAAGGAACCCAUACUUGUUGCGAAGCUAUUGUAAAAGUUGCCCCUGGAACACUCUUUGCUAAUGUAACCAAUUUCCAACCAAUAAGAACAACUGAAGAAUUUAGUAGUGAAUCAACCUAUUAUUCAUAUGCCGCCAAUUCUACAGUAACUUGUUAUGUAGGAAUUGACCCAGAAAGUGAAGAGGCUCACUAUGCCAAGUAUGAUGGACCAAAAGUUGAAUUGAAGACUGUUGCUAUCGUCACUGGUUGCAUUGCCAUUUGUUAUACUGCUGGUUUGAUUUUGGCCCCAUUCUUCUCCAAAUCUCUUCAACAAACUCACUGAGAAAACUAAUUGUACAUUUUGCUAAUAAUACUUCGUACAAACCUAUUAUCCAAAAAUUCUAUUGAAUGUUAUUUGGAAUUUUAAAUUGCAAUCAUGUGAAAUAUUUCCGAAAUCAAAAAUAAAAAAAUAAAAAAUUAAUUUUAA